AUGGAAGAGUUUUUGUUAAAUUUUCAUAGACAAGAUAUUGAAACUAUAUUGGAACAUGAUGAUGACACCAAAUACUUUUCACUGCACGUAAAGUACUGUGAUAAGAAUGACCCAAGCAAGGAUGAGCAAAUGGGUCAUCAAGGUGUCGGUUCAUUACCUGCAACAAUAUGGAUCAGUUUAGGAGAAGAUUUAGUCGAUACUUGUCAAACUGGAGAUGACAUAAUUGUGUGUGGCAUUGUGCAAAGACGUUGGAAAUACAUCACUGUGAACAGACAUUUAGAUGUGUCGCUGUCUAUAAGAGCAAAUUCUGUCACAGUUGUUACUAAACAGGAUAAUGAUGUGGAAACAGAAACAGCCACAGACAGUUGGAUUAAGAAAUUUUGGUUUGAUCACCGGGAGAAUGUCGUUCUUACAAUAAUAGGAGGCACAUCAAAUUCAAAUAACUCGAAGCAGCUCAACACAAAAUAUACUACGAAUGAAGAUGAACCGGUAAGGUGCUCCCAAUUUUUGUCUACACAAAGAACUCCGUCGCAGGAAGACAAAGGUAGUGAUGUUUCGGUACGUGGGCAGUCACAUUUGUUACUCGUUGGAGAUCCGGGGACUGGAAAGUCUGAAUUGUUGAAGUUUGCACAGAAAUUAGUGGCGAGAUCUGUGCUAACAACAGGAAUUGGUUCAAUCUGCUGGUUUAACUGUAGCUGCUGUAUGGGUAGGGAGUCCAGCGAAUGGACCCUCGAAGCAGGUGCCCUAGUACUCUGUGAUGGUGGAGUAUGCUUCAUGGACGAAUUCACCUCGAUGAAGGAGCAAGACAGAGCUUCCAUACAUGAAGCAAUGGAGCAGCAGACAAUCAGUGUCGCCAAAGCUGGUAUGGUGUGCAAAUUGAGCACUAGGUGUUCAGUUAUAGCUGCAGCUAAUCCGAGGAAAAGAUACAAUCAGAUUGAUAGCAUUAGUGCCAAUAUCGUAAUAGCACCACCUUUACUUAGCAGAUUUGAUUUAAUUUUUAUCCUAAAAGAUCUGCAUGACGCAAAGUGGGAUAGUCUAGUGGCCGAUCAUAUUCUUUUUGGAGAGAAAAGUGAUUUUGAGACUUCGGUGAUUGACAGUGAAAAAUGGACAGUCAAAAUGUUUAAAUCGUACUUUGAGUUCAUAAAAAAUAUAAAUCCUGUGAUGACUGAAGAAGCCGAAUUGAUUUUGUCAGCUUAUUAUCAAUACAAGAGGAUGAGCCAGUAUCGGGAUGCAUCCAGGACUACGGUGAGAUUGCUGGAUAGUCUUAUAAGGUUAUCGCAAGCCCACGCUCGUCUCAUGUUCAAGAAACACGUUGAGGCAGUCGAUGCAGUCACCACAAUCAUCCUGAUGGAAUACUCUAUGCAAUCGGAUAACUCGAGUGGACAUAUUUCCAUGGUCGACUUGCAGGAUCCCAUUAAAGCCAAAAAAAUCGAAGACUACGAGAGGCUGCAUCGACAGAUUUUGGGCAAACUCGAUUUGGAGGAUUUGGUAAAAGAUCAACGGGAGGAUGAAUCUUGUGGUAGUAAUAAUAUAUUGUCUUCACAAACACUUUGCAAAUCCAGGUUUGAAUCUAAGGAUGAGGAGGAUAUGGUUGGGCUAAGCAACAAACCUAAUUUUAUAAAAGAACUUUUGUAUUGUAGCCAGACAAGUUUUAAUAAAAACAGUAAUAGUAGUAUGGUAAACAAUUUACAAGGUUCUACACAUUCUUCUGGAGAAUCUGCUAAUAAAUCUAAAGAUAAUUGUAGAAUUACUAAAAGUCUAAAUGAUAAGCCUGAUUUUAUAAAAAAACUUCUCAAUCGUAGCCAGACAAGUCUUGAUAAAAACAGUAAUAGUAGUAUGGUCAAACAUUUAGAUGGUUCUACACAAUCUUCUGGUGAAUCUAUCAAUAAAUCUAAAUGUAAUGAUGGAAUAACCAAAAGUUUAAACGAUAAGCCUAAUUAUAUAAAAGAACUCUUCAAUCGUAGCCAGACGAGUUUUGGUAAAACCAGUUAUAGUUCUAUGGUCAAACAUUUAAAUGUUUCUACACAAUCUUCUGGUGAAUCUGCUAAUAAAUCUAAGGAUAAUGAUGGAGUUACCAAAAGUUUAAAUAAAAAGCCUAAUUUUAUACAAGAACUUUUCAAUCGUAGCCAGACAAGUCUUGAUAAAAACAGUGAUAGUGGUAUGGUAAACAAUUUACAAGGUUCUACACAAUCUUCUGGUGAAUCUAUCACAAUGGAUGAUCCUGGAGCCGAUAAAGAGGAUUUGGUUAAACAUAUUUUUCUAAACAAGACGACAAAUUUUAUUGAAGACCAGGAUAAAUCUAAAAUCAAUGCCUUAAGCAGUACUGUUUCAGCCCAAAUUUUAAGAAAUAAAUGUGAAGCUACCAAAGAAAUUACUGAAGAUAUUUUUGACAGUAAGAGUCUUAGUAUUACAAAACAAACCCCGAAUAAAACUCCUGAGGAUUCCAAUGCAUUGAAAAGUAAUAAUGAUUCAAUUGUAACUUCAUCUUCAGAUGAUUUGUUAAACAAAUGUAAACCUAAUAACAACUCCAAUAAUUUUUUGGCAAAACUAUGCAAAGUUACUGAAGAUAGAUUUGACAGUAAGAGUCUUAGUCUUAUAAAAGAAACCCCGAAUAAAAGUUUGGAGGAUUCCAAUUCAUCGAAAAAUAGAAGUGAUUCCAUUUUAACUUCAAAUGAUUUGUUAAAUAAAUCUAACAACAAUUUCGAUGAUUUGUUGGCAAAACUGCGCAAGAAUUUCUCCAAAAGUCCAAAAAAAUCCAAUGACAAUACAAAAUCUGGCAACAAACCACCAGUCGACAAUGGUUUAACAGAGUUUGCAUUCGAUGGUAGUAUCAAUAUUGAUAUAUUUGAUGAUGAUGAUGAUUCUGGUGGCUUUUUGAACAAAUUUAAUAAUAUCAAAAAGGUGGGAAGUGACAAUAUUGCUAAAGGUACUAAAAAUACUGCUCUUGAAAAUACAAAUUUGGAUGUUAAAUUAACAAAUUCAGAAAAUAUCCAGAAGAAGAAUGCUGAAGACUUUGAUGUACCAGGUUCUGCAAAAAAAUUGAAGAUGGAUUUUGAUCAAAUUGGUGACGUAAACACCAAUUUAAUUGAUUCUUCGAAAAAUAAUAAAUCCAAAAAUACUGUGAAAAAAUGUUCCAGCAAAUUAUUGUCUACCAACCAGCCUGAAUUUGAAACCAGCCUGAAAAUGGACAACUUAGUACCAGAUAACAGCAAUAAAGCCAAAGCCCAGACAGAUAACAAAUCCAAAAAUACUGUGAAACCAUGUUCCAACAAAUUAUCACCAACCAACCAGCCUGGAAAUAAUUUGGAUUUGGAUAUCUUGCAACCAGAAAUCAGCAAAAAAUCUAAAGCCAAGGCAAAUCGAAGUUUUACUAACUUUAUAGAUAACUCGACUUCUAAAAAGGUGGGAAAUGACAAUAUUGUUAAAAGUACUGUUGGAAAUAAAAAAUGGAUGCUAAAUUGA